GAUUUAUGUGUAUAUUAUAUUUUUUGUUAUUUCGCUUACAGAUCUGACACGAUCUACCACAUUUAGAAGAAUUUCGCCAGUUAUGGAUGUUCGUCUUUCAUAGGAAGUUUACGCGCGCGUUAGUAACGAAACAACAAUCGACAUGGUGAUGAUGGCUGAGACAAGUAUGUGAAAAAACUCCUUGCAUCUCUUUGUGGUUCAUCACUGACACAUCACAUAAUCUGCAUGUUCAACGCAGCGAUGGUCAAGGAGAAACCUAAUUCCAUAAGAACAUAUGAUGAAGAUGGUUUUAGACGACGCGGCGCCUGUGUUUGCUUUAAGGACGAAAGCGAGGAAGAGGUGUUAUUGGUAACCAGUAAGAAGAGUCCAGACCUUUGGGUGGUCCCUGGGGGUGGCAUAGAGCCAACAGAAGACCCCAGGGUAGCAGCAGAGAGGGAGUGUUUUGAGGAGGCAGGAGUGAAGGGGGCUGUGAAGAGGAAACUAGGUGUUUUUGAGAAUAAAGACAGAAAACACAGAACGUAUGUGUUUGUACUUCAUGUUGAAGAGAUGGUAGACCACUGGGAGGAGAAGACAUCAUUAGGUCGACAACGAAAGUGGUUCUCUUUGGAGGAGGCCAAAGCGAAGCUCUCUGCACACAAGCCUGUGCAGUGUGAAUACCUAAGUGUGAUUCCCAAUGGACGGCUGUCUUGACAACUUGUGACAUUAAAACUUUUUUUGAAACACCCUCUGUACUUUGUGUUGUAACAUAGUGUGUAGAUAAUUCAGUAUUGUACGGAAAGUUUUGUGUAUGUGUUUCGUGCACAGUUGACAUACGACUUCAUGUUAUAUCAUGUCGCUUCCUCAUACUUACAUCAUCGUACUCAUUUUAUUGCAUCGAUUCUCAUCACAUUAAUUUAAAUGGUGGUGAUGUCACUAUUUUGGACAGUUAUUUUUUGCCUGUGGGUAGAAGGUUUCAUGCAGGACAAUUCUGAGUCACAUUAUUAUUGCUACAAGGCAAAAUGCAUUACAUGCCAACUAGAUUACAUACUGCAUAAAUUCAUCAAAUUAUUCUUAUAAAUACGUCGGCAACAUUGAGAUCAGUAUUCACUUGUAUAAAUUAUUAAGAUUUUUUUUUUCACUCUCUGUACCUUGUUCUAAUUCAAGUUAGUGUAGUUAAUAUAUGACUACGCCUAUUAUAACUUGCAACCAAGUGGCAAGGAAAAAAAAAAACAAAUUUUAUAUUAAAAUGUAGUUAUUUGUAAAAAAAAAAUUAAGAGUAUACUAAAUGUGCAGGUGACAGAGUCAACGGUCUGCUUAAAAACUGGACAGUGUAAAUUUAAUUAUAGCAAAAUGUCAGAAACUAGCUUCAAGGUGAAGAUGGGCAAAUGGGGAAUGGUCAGGUUUACCUAUGGUGAGAGUCUACUUGAAUUACAUUGCCCUGACUGGUGGGAAAUAUCGAAUCAAAGAAAGAGAAGAUACUGUUGUUUUACUGCUCUUUUACAGAAGCCACUUGCAAAUGGUCAUUGUUUUAUUUCGUGUGCAGUUCAGGAUGAUUUUUCCAGUGAUUAGUUUAUGAUUUUUCUUGAUUUAAUUUACUGUUGAAUCUCUUCAGUUGUUAUCCAGGUGUUACUUUUUUGUUUUUUGCUUCCCCCCACCCCCCUUACUGAACCUUCCGUUUUUGCAUCGUUUUAGAUUGAACCUUUCCAAGCUUUUUAAUUCUAUGAGACAACAGUUCAGCUUGUUUUUUUCUUUUCUCCAAUCAUUUUAGUUACCUUUCUAUGUGAACUGCUACACUGAAUGUAAGAAAGGAAGAGAGGUGGUUACAAUUAUGGUCCCUCUCCCAGUAUUAUUUCUUCAUUUUUGCUGUAUUUCAGCCCACUAGCAGUAUGUAUAUUUAUUCUUUUGAAGUAAUUACACCUCAAGCAUUAUUCCAAUGGAAGAAUAUUGAGUUGAAUUUCUUUUGCUGACUUUUGACAUGAAUAAAUUUUUACUUGAU